AUGAAGAAAAUAGUACUGAAACUGGAGCUACGUGAAGGUGACGAGAAAGGCAAGCAAAAAGUCAUGACCAUUGCCUCUGGCCUCUCUGGAGUGGAAUCAGUGACGAUGGACAUGAAGGAGAAGAAGUUAACGAUAACAGGGGAUUUAGAUCCAGUGAAGGUGGUAGGGAAGCUGAGGAAGAUCUGUCCAACGGAUAUUCUUACAGUUGCCCCGGCCGCCAAACAGGAUGAUCAAUUAGACAUGAACAAGAACAAGAACAAACACGACGGCGGCGGCGGAGCCAAGAAAGACGACAACAAUAAACAACAACAGCAGCCCAAGGAUCUUCUUCUUCUUCCUCAGUAUUAUUAUUACCCUCCUCCUCCAUCAAAUUUCAAUCAUCAACCCUAUUAUUAUAUGAAUCAAAAUUACAGAUACCCAUCAUCAUCGGAAGAAGAUCAGGAGUACUCUAAUUCUUGUGUUAUUUCUUAA